AUGUCGGCUGAUGCUUCAGUUGGAAAUAGUAAUGCUCUGGUUGUGCCAAUAUAUGAUAAAAUCCCUUUGUCCUAUUUACUCGAAGCUGCUGUACAAAAAACUUAUCAUGAAUUAUACACGAUGGCAGAUGUUUUGCACAGUAAAUCGAAUCCAGAAAGAAAAAUAGAAUUAGUUAUAUUUGCUUGCCGUGCUAGACAAUUAUUUAUACGAAUUUUAGCUGUAGUUAAAUGGGCAGCAACAACAGGAAAAGUGACUGCAUGCGAGGGUAUACAAGCUUUGCUAGAAAUUCGUGCUCGAUUAAUCCGAGAAACGUCAGACUCAUUAGCUCAACUUGCACGUGAAAAACUUCUUGAAGCUCGCGUACCGAAUUUCCCAGUCACAGACGCAAUCGAUGCACUCACACUUGGUUCCGUGAAUUUUUUACCUAAGAGAAUUGCAGAAGCAGCAACUAAUUUUACGUCAGCUACUGAAAGUGAACGUCAACAGAUUCUACCACGUCUUCAACAAAUUCUCACAGCAAGAAUAUCGACUUCGGAAUUGCCUAUUCAAUUUAGUACUGUAACAAUUAAAAAUGGACUAGUAAUAUUGACAGUUCAUGGCGAAUUUGAAGUUAAAUUAGGUAUAACAAAUGAUAAUUUAUCAUCUUCAUGGCGUCUUUAUCAAACAAAAUUAUUUGUACAAGAUCCAGAAGAACCAGAGCAAGAUCUUGUUCAUCCGUCGCAAAUAUACGUAUUAACAAAUUUUAUUCAAAGCUGGCUUAAUGAAUCAGAAAAACCGCUAUUUGACCUUUAUCAAUAUUUGCAUUAUUAUUGUCAAUCCUUACGAUUACAAGUUCUAUUUGAACAAGCUCAUCGAAUACGUAAUCAAGGUGCUAAACAAAAAGACUUACUUAUAUCUGGUUAUAGUGCAUGUAAAAGUUUUAAUGUUGAAUAUUGGAAAGAUUAUUAUGCUAACAAUAGUAAUAAUAAUCAACAAAAAAAAACGAUUCUCAAUGGAAAAAAUAUAGAUAUUGGUAUGACAAUUCUCUGUGAUAAUGAUGGAAAAUUUCAAAUUCAACAUUGGCCACCUUUGCCUAUUGAUGAUACUAUUGCCGUUUCAAAGAUUUUAGAAAAGCCCAUAUUUACCAUGGAAGAAAUUUUAAAUCGAACAAUUUUUGCACGUUGUCAACGUCGAUUUGAAGAAUUAAAAGAAACAAUUUUAUCAACAACUAAAGCCAACAUUGAAAUUGAUUCAUCAAUUCCAGCAUUAAAAUGUGAAUUAUUACCUGAAAGUACAACAGAAGAAAUUUUAUUCAUAUCAAUUAAUCCAUUUUCGGGUUAUUUCAAAGUUGUCUCCUAUAUGGAAACUUGUUAUUCACAACAAAUUGAAAAUGCACUUAAUCGUGAUCAAACAAAUUUAAUCGAUACUAUUAAUCUAUUCAAGCAUGAAAAUUCUUUUUUUCUCUUACUUGUUCAUGUAUCUGAUGUGAAUCAAUUAUUAAUUCAAUACUAUUUACUAAUUGUUGAAAAACGUUCCUCUACGCAUGAAUCAGUUGUUCUUCAACAACAGGACACAUCGAAUCAACCGACGACAACCCCACCAACAACAACAACAACGAAUGAAGAGUAUGUAAAAUGGACAUUAGAACCACUUGUCUUAUAUCCAUUGGAUCCAACAACAUUUUUAAGAAAAGAAUUAUUUGAAUUUAAAAAUAAAUUUCAAUAUGAUAAAACAACUAUAGACGAUAACGGUAUCGUACAAGCAAAAUCGAUAUCAAUAUUAUCACUGAAAUCGCUAUUAAAAUUUGUUAAUUAUUAUGAUGAAAUGCUGUCAUUUAUAUUUCUGAAAGAAAAUUUUCAGCAAAAAAAGACACUUUGUAAAAAUAUUCUCUAUUGUCCAUGGACCGGCAUACCUUAUCUCGAUAUCGUUCGAAUAUCAACCGAUGACGCAUCAUUUUCAUCCAACACUGAAAUUGUCAAUUAUGUUAAUGAAUAUUUUUGGCCUCGCAUUCAAUCCUGUACUAUUCGAUUAGCUUAUACUUUACGUGAUAUAGAUCGUGAACAUAAAUCUGUUAGACGACAAUGGACUCUUGAUCUGAAUUUUUUCAAUACGAACUACUUUCAUAAUGCUUUUAUUAAAACUCCAUUUAACUCUGUUGCUGUUUAUAAGCAGUCAUCAUUAUCAGCCACUACGUUAAAAAUAGUCGAUUUCGUACACCUUAAACUUCGUGGUGCAUUUGAAUUAACACAUUUAUUUGAAAAUUAUUCGCUAUCAUUAUUAGAAUUAACGGAUCUUCAUGCAAUAUCUAAAUUGAUUUCAUUUAAUUUUUUUCAAUGUACAAUUCAUUAUGGACCAAAUUUUACCUAUGAUGUAACAUUGUCAUAUAAUAACAGUCAAAUACAACAAGAAUUGAUUUCACAAUCAGAAGGAACAUUUGAUUUACGUUUUAUAACAAUAAAUAAUGCAUUUUUACCAACAUAUAAUCAUAUAUUGAGUAGAAAACUAAUAUUGUUUUUAAAUCAAACACGUUCAUUAAAACAAUUAAUUCGGGGUGGUUGUGCCCAAUCGAUUCUUACAUUUAUUCCAUAUACUGAAUCUCGUUGGCGUCUUAUAUUUGGUCAAAUGUUUGCAGUUGAUAUUCAAAUAUGUGGACCCAAUUUAAUACUAGUUCGUGAUGGUUCAUUCAGUGUACAAUUGAAUAAUUCAUUAGUUGAACUUGCACCAAUACCAAGACUUAAAGAAUUUUUAUCUUUAUAUGCCGAUGAUCAUGGUUUAACAUUUGAAUUUUCUGAUAUAACAGGUUGUUUUCAUAUGCAAGAUUUUCUUUCUCCAAUUCAGCAAGCACCACUACUACCUCCACCACCAAGUUCAAGUCAAAUAACAAAUCAAACAUUGAACACAGCAAAUGACUCAACAUCACAGAAUUCAUCGAUGGAUACAACAGCACAAUCGCCUGUUUCAUCACAUAUUGAUAUCUAUGAUGUGAUAUUUCGAGAUGCAUUGCCCAUUACUUCAACAUCAAAGUCUACCAAUGUUAAAUCAGAUCAAACUGAUAAUCAACCAUUGUCAGUACUGUAUAGUUACAAUCGUGAAUUAUUAACUAAAGCUAAUUAUCCUGUAUAUAUGACUCAACAAACAUUUUUUCAAAUGCUUUUUACAUCUGAUGAACAUCAAUGGUCGAAAUUUGAAUCAUUUCUUGCUUCAUCGGUUCUUGUAAGACAAUUUGCUAAAGGUGUUACCGAACCUGCUGACGUGAAUAAUCCAACUGUUCGUGCUGUACCAACUGAACAAGAUACAUAUCGAUUAGAACAUUUAUCUCUUCAAUUAUCAUUCAUAUUUGAUAUACCUACGGCAAUAUAUCGAAUGUAUUUUACAUCUUUAUUUGAUUCAACAUCACAACAACAAUCGAAUACUUUCUGGUCACCCGAAGAACUUCAAAUAAUGGAAAUAUUUUUCAAUGAAACAUUUUUUCCAUUAUUACCAUUGACAAAUUUAACGAUGCCACCAAUCGAUAUAUUGUCUUUACAAGCAUCUCAGAAUCUCAAUACAGCUAUGGGUUCAUUUCAACGAAUGCUCUCCCUUGUUCAGCCUCGAAUACUGAAAGAUCUAGUGAAAAUCAUAAGACUCGAACAGAAUCCUGAGAGUCAUCAUUUAUGGCAAGCACGUUGGUGCUUAACAAUGCCACAGGGCAACGGAUUUUCUCAAGUGGGUCAAUCAGGAAUCUAUUAUAUAUCUAGUCGAUCAUCGUUUAUUUUUAUGUUUCAAUUUAUGCCUCGAAUAAAUCAAAAUGAUUGUCAAGCUAAUAUCAACACUACAUCACCAUUUAUUGUUCCGUUAAUACACGAUGUGAACAAUAAUCAAACAAAUCUAUGGGAUGGAUCAAUGAAACAAUUAUUUAUGGGAAAAGAAGUUAAAUAUCAAGCAAUAGCAAGAAUUUUGAAUCUAUCAAAAGAAACAAUGAAUAAAAAUGAAUGUUCAUUAUAUCUAUCAAUACUCGAGUUAAUAACCCGUUUACAAUUGCCGUUGACAUCUAAUAAUCCAUCAUCUUAA